AUGCAGAGACCUCUCCUAGCUAGGCUCAGCGGCGCGCGAUGGCCAUUUUCGGUACAACGUGUACUGACAUCAAAAUGUGUCAAUCGCACAGGCAUUACGGCCCCCUGCCAUCAACGACUUUAUUCCCAGCCGCGGGUCUUGAUACCCGAGGAGUCUAGACCUAGAGCCAAUGCAUCAUUCAAGACGGAUCAGAAGGUCGGCCAGGUACCACUUUUCAUUGACAACAAGCCAGUCGCUUCUCAGGCAACCCAGUUCAUCGAUAUACACGACCCAAGUACGAACGAGAUUGUCGGGCGCGUACCAGAGAUCACAACAACCGAGUUUGAGGAUGCAGUGUCUUCGGCGGAAAAGGCAUUCCCAAAAUGGCGGGCGACGAGUGUGCUAGCGAGGCAACAAGUAAUGUUCAAAUUCGUGUCCCUCAUUCGCGAGAAUUGGGACCGUUUAGCUGAGAGCAUUACUUUGGAACAAGGAAAAACUCUGCCAGACGCGCGCGGAGACGUACUUCGGGGCUUGCAAGUAGCUGAAGCAGCUUGCGCCGCACCCGAACUGCUCAAGGGAGAAGUGCUCGAAAUGUCCCAAGACAUGGAAACAAGGACUUACCGAGAGCCGUUGGGAGUCGUGGCAGCUAUUUGCCCAUUCAAUUUUCCUGCCAUGAUUCCUCUCUGGUCGAUACCAAUUGCUGCUAUCACUGGAAACACCCUCAUCUUGAAGCCCUCUGAGCGCGCUCCAGGUGCAGCCAUGAUCUUAGCAGAGCUUGCAAGAGACGCAGGCUUUCCAGAAGGCGUGUUGAACAUAGUCCAUGGAGGGCUGAAGACGGUCGAUUCCAUCCUAGAACACCCUGCCAUCAAAGCUGUCAGUUUCGUUGGCGGAAAUCGGGCAGGUGAAUAUAUAUUCACCAAAGGCUCUGCACAUGGCAAGCGCGUGCAAGCUAACCUAGGCGCCAAAAAUCAUGCUGUUGCUCUCCCCGACUGCGAUAAGCUUCAUUUCAUCAACAGCGUCGUUGGUGCUGCGUUCGGCGCUGGCGGACAGCGCUGCAUGGCACUGAGCACGGUGAUAGUCGAGGCAUCCAGAACACUCAAGGUCGACAAUGGCUUCCAAAAUGGUACAGACCUUGGGCCAGUCAUAUCGACUCAGAGCUUGCAGCGUAUAGAGGGCCUUAUUCAGAGCGCCGAAGAUGAAGGGGCUACUAUUUUGCUUGAUGGACGAGGAUACAAGCCGGACAACAAGGACUAUUCCAAUGGAAACUGGAUUGCACCAACAAUUAUUUCGAACGUGUCACCAGAGAUGCGAUGCCAUCGCGAAGAAAUAUUUGGGCCAGUUCUCCUGUGUAUUGAAACCCAGACACUUGAGGAUGCGAUAUCUUUGAUUAACCAAAAUGAGUACGGUAAUGGGACAGCCAUUUUCACACGAUCUGGCCCUGCAGCAGAAAAGUUCCGACGAAACAUUGAGGCGGGGCAAGUCGGUAUCAACGUCCCAAUACCCGUACCUCUGCCCAUGUUUUCUUUCACCGGGAACAAGAAGAGCGUGGCAGGUGGUGGUGCAAGCACUUUUUACGGGCGGCCUGGCAUCGCAUUCUACACACAGCAGAAGACUGUCACAUCAUUGUGGAGGAGCAAAAACGACGAAUCCAAGAAAGCCCUUGUAUCUAUGCCAACUCAAUCAUGA